AUGUCAUUUCCGAAUUUUGAGCAUGGACCUGGGUCUAGGAGUGGCGAAGAAGAGUGGAUUCAUAUUACAGACCUUCGGGAGCGAAAACGAGUUCAAAAUCGAGUGUCACAGAGAAAUUACCGUAGAAGAUUAAAGGCAAAAAUCCAAACACUGGAGAGAGAAAGAAAUGCUUCGCGAGCUAUGCUUGGGCUGAAUGCGGAGGCUCUCGAUCCAACAUUCGAACGUUUACAUGGCUGCCAUGUCUUUUCGACAGAGCAGGACGUCGAACAGCGUAGUGAGACGCUGCCUGCCACUGGAAGGCCAGCAUCCACGGCCAAUUCUCAGCCAGGACCGUCGUAUGAGACAGCUGAUAGAUUUUUUGAAAGCAUGAUGCAAGUGACAGCGAAAUGGGCAGAGCCUCCUGCUGAAAAUAUGGACUCAGACGAUUUCAUUGAUACUGACUCUCAAGGAAUGAUUGGAUUUGGUAGAACAACUACUGGAAGCGCAAGUGGAGGCAGUGUAUCUUCUUUGCCAUCUCUUUUGAUGUCCAAUCCAUCAACAGUGUCGUUUGACACAAAUCCUACAGGGCAAAGGCGCCAGUCUAUCACACAGCUUACAGGGCUUCUGGCCGACGCGGCAUCCCGAGGACCUAAUCGAGCAAACCAUCCCAUUUUCAACACUGGUAUUCGGCCAGGUAAAGAGAUAUCAGGAACCAACGCCCCGCAUGGCAACAAAAAUGACACAGAUUCCGCUUUUACACAGACGAGUCCUUUUUCAUCGUCACAAUACUUGACGAGUCUGGCUCCAGUAUCAGCUUCAGAAUCCCUAGUACCCGACCCGCUAUCAGCAGCAUCGCCCGAGGUAAUCUUUACACGAAUUUUGCUUCUGAUGAAACAAGCAGGCUUUGAGGACAUGGAUUCUAUGGUCCAAGCUUAUUACACAGCAAAGUUCCGCUACGACUCUGUUGUGCAUUGGGCUCAGAAACGGAGUCGUGAAAAGAGACUUGGCCCUCUUCUCACCAGCCUAAGCCGCGAGUCGACAGAAUGGCCAGUGGAACAAGCAGCGCAAUACCAGGAUGCUAUUCUCGGAAUAGCAGAUGGUUUAUGCGGGAUGAAUGUCAACGCGCACGCUACUACACCUGGUUCAGAUGAAUCGCCAAGUUUCUAA